ACCGCUUUCCAUCCCAGCCCAUUCUUUUCAUCUCUGGAGCCAAGUCGACGCUAUCAACCAAGGAGCUCCCAAGGCAUCUCCCCAGACCGUCGCAGGAGCAGAGGAGACCACCCCCAAACUCGUCGUCGUCGCCUCCGCGAACAGGGUAGACAGAUCGCCUCCGCCUCCCUCGCCCCUGUCUACUCCCUACGUCUCGCCUCCGAUGGCUGCUAAGGUCGCGGCAGUGGCAAUUCUGCCGCCAGCUUGUGGCGUCGGUGGGGCAAGAGGCUCCUCUCACGUUUCUCAAACUUCAAAUGGCAGGGGAGGGUGCUGAUGAAUUGGGGCUGAACCGGUGGGGGGGCUAUUGCUGCCUAGGUGGGCUGGGGAAUAGAGUGUGGUGGUGGCCGGAAGGGGCGGCAGCAGACCAGCAGUGGUCAAUUGACAGGCGGCAAUUGCCAAAUUAGGCGUAGCGGGACUGCGUCGGUUAUUAAUUGGUGGUGCUUACCAGAGAGGUUGUGGCAGUGGUGGGUUUGCUGACCGGAGUCACUGGCGGCGGUGUCACUUGGCCGUGUCACUUGCGGCGAUGACACCGGUGGCGGUGCCACUGAGGCAGUAUCACCGUUGGCGGUGCCACUGAGGCAGUGUCACCAGUGGCGGUGUCAUUGAGGCAGUGUCACCGGUUGCGGUGUCACUGUGACUAAAGGUUGGGGCGGAGACGUCACUACGGAGGUUUCACUAUGAUCGGCGAUGGCGGAGAUGUCACUGCUGAGAUUAGCCGCAAAAAUGUCACUACAAAAAUGUCACUGCCGAGAUGUCACUGUGUAUUAGUCACAUUUUUGUCCAAAUGUAAAUGUGGUCACUUUUUUGGAAACUACCUUUAAUUCAGUAAUAUCAAGGGAAUAACCCCUUAACAAAUUAACACAGUAGGCAGUUAGUUACCAGAGAUUUAAUUGAGUCGAGUACUUUAGACUCUUUAGUUACAACUUGUUAAACAAUUUGUUUUACAAAUAAUAGUAAAACUAUAAUUAUGAUGCAUUGUUAAUAAAAUUGUCACGAUCAUUCUUUC